AUGAGGGCUAGAAUUAGGUUACCAAUGUUGUCGGGUUUUUACCGGACUCCAGUGCGGACCUUUUCUUUGUCACUCCAUCUCAACAGCGCCAACCAAGUAUAUUCUUCUGUUCGCCAGCCCGAUAACUUUCACACAUAUCAGCUCUUAUCCUCUUCCUCAAGAACCCCCCUCAUAACCCUGUGGACCACUUCAUGGUGUUCUACAUGCCAUGUUGUAGCGCCACUCAUAAAAUCCGUCAUUGAGUCUGGAGUAGGUGAGGCUGAGGGUGGCGUCGGAUAUUGCGAGGUUGAAUAUGAUGCUCCCGAUAUCAUGAGCAGCUCGCUCGGCAUGGACUUCAUGAUUACUUCUAUACCUACGCUACUCAGUUUCGACGCCGGAGAGGCCCAAAUCAACACCAAGAUAACUGAUGGAAGGAGACUAGCAGACCGAUCUUUUUUGGAAGAAUGGAUUCGAAACGAGGCGAGGAGACAUGGCGGUCGUGGCGGCGGAGACUCAGGGAUUCUUGGUGGGUUAUUUGGUUCGUGGAAAUGA